AUGACGGACCUUGGUGGUGCCAUUCAAAAUGUCAUGAGCCUGUCGCAGCUUCGGCUGCCAGAUGACCAGCCUCACAUUGAAGCCGCGGCCGCCACCAUCAACUAUGAGGUGGACUUUGACACGAAUUUUCAGGAUCGCGAAGCUUUCAUUGCCGGCAUUGCCAAAUAUGUCGAAGAGGCUCAAUCUUUGGCCACCUUGAACCAAUAUCUGGAAGAGGGCGAGCGUUUUGCAGGCAUGCUCUAUACCUGGCGCUCUUGCUCGCGCUCCAUCCCUGCUGUCAAGUCCAAUGAUCAGGCCAAUCGCACAGAGAUUUAUGAAAAGACGGUUGAAGUGCUUGAGCCCGAGAUUAACAAGCUCAAAUCCUUCUACGACUUUCAGCGCGAGGCCAUGAGCCGUUUCUGCGAGGAAAUCAAGAAGCUGGCCCAUCCAGAAAAGCUCAAGUCCUUCAUCUCCGAGACCACCAAGCUCACUCUGGCACGCAUGCUCAACAUGUUCGCCGUCCUCAACGCGCUCAAGAACGUCAAGGCCUGCCUCAACAACGAUUUUUCCUUCUACAACCGUGCCCAUGGGUUUCUGAACAAGGGCAAGGAUCUGAAUCCGGAGGAUGUGUCGCAAAGCCAUAAAAUGGCUUUCUUCCUGGCCACGCAAGACUCGCUGACGCAAGAGCUGGUCCAGCAAUUGCGUGCCGUUGACAACUAUGUUGACGUUCUCUAUGAAAUUGCACUGCACUGCGUCACAAUGUAUGAAAAGGGCCAGUAUGUCCUGCCCUCGGAAAAGCACACGCUCCUCAAGGUCAUUGCUUUUUGUGCUUUCCUGAUGGAUGACCCUGACGAGAAAGCGAGCUUCUAUCGCACCAAGAAAGGUUCCAUCCACCGCUUCGACAUGGCCCUCAAAGACCUACCCGUUGUCCCGCUGUAUGGCGACAUGCAUGUGAAGCUGAUCAGCUUCUUCGAAACGAGCCCCCAUUUCGAUCGUUCCAGGUGGUCGGCUGCGUAUGACGCCAACAAUCUGGAUCACACCGAGAAGCAGUACAACAUCUGCGACAAGCUGGAUGGCUUUGAGCAGGAGCGCGACUCCUAUCUCGCUCGCUUGGCCCUCUUCACCACCGUCACCUCCAAGGGCGACUCUGUCAACAGCAGUGGCAUGUCUCCAACGGACAUUGCUCUGCAAGGCCUCAAGCUCGUUUCCCGCUGGACCGGCACCAUCCGUGAGCUUCACGUGUGGAAGCUUGCCAACCCGACAAAUCAGUACCUCAACAAGGAGUGCCCGCCUGACGCCGAGGACUAUGAGAAGGCCACUCGUUACAAUUAUACCUCGCGUGAAAAGACGGCGCUGGUCAAGAUUGUGGCCAUGAUCAAGGAUGUGCUGCGUCACAUGUGGAGCCUCGAGGGUGUCCUCAAUGAGGGUAUCGUGCGCGACAUUCAUCUCUCGGUGCAAAUGUUCUUGCAGGACAAAGUCCGCGACAUGAUUCGCCACGCCAUCAAGAAGAAAAAGCCACGUGCCAAGACCGUGCUCAUGGGCAUGCGCAACACAUGUACCGACUGGUCCACCGGCCAAGAGCCCCAAGACGACCCCUAUCUCAAGGGUGAGAAGGAUCAAAACUGGAAGCGUCCCGAGGUGCAGGCACGUCGUGUCGGGCUCAGCUCCACACAGUUGUACAUGUUUCGUACCAUGCUGGAGUCACUGUGCGCGGAUGACAAGAAAAAGAGCGUCAAGUCGGAGCUCGACCCCAAGUACUAUCCAGGCAUGCAGGACAUGUAUGAGCGUAGCUUCUACUUUGAGUACCUUCUCAACUUCAACGCCACGCUGCAGCGCUCGGCUGAUUUGUCGCAGCUCUGGUACCGUGAGUUCUAUCUCGAGCUGACGCAAGGCGCGCGAGUUCAGUUUCCGAUUGAGAUGUCCCUGCCCUGGAUUCUGGUGGAUCACGUGCUGCGUACCCCGCACGCCAACUUGAUGGAGUACAUUCUCUUCCCGCUCGACUUGUACAACGACGCGGCCAACUUUGCACUCGAGCAUUUCAAAAAGCAGUUCCUCUACGACGAAGUGGAAGCCGAGGCGGAUCUGGCAUUUGAUCAGCUUGUUUUCAAGCUCAAUGCUCACAUCUUCCAACAUUUCAAGACCGUGGCAGCUGGCAUGCAGUUGGACAAGGACUUCCGCAACUUGGCCGAGCAGCGCAAGGUGUCCAUCCCGUUUGCACCUCCGGAUCGGUUCUCCGCUCUGUUGCGCCAGCGCCACGUGCAACUACUGGGCCGGUCCGUGGACCUGCACAAGCUCCUUACCCAGCGUCUCAACGUGGCCCUUCGCGAUGCGAUGACGCAAGCCAUCCAGCGCUUUGAAUCACAGGACUUGUCGGCCAUCAUUGAGCUUGAAAUGACGAUCGAGAACAAUCGCUUGACGCACCAGCUGUUGUCGCAUCACUUGAGCCUGGAUCCCUUUGAUGAGCUCUAUGCCGAGGCCAACGACUCGGCUACUGGCCUGGGCAAGAUUCGCCUGCACGUGUUUUCCGAGCUGUGCUUGGACGUCAUUCCCAAUUACUGUUACAACACGGCCACGCGGCGUUUUGUGCGUCCCGUGCACGCGCCGGUGUUUGCCGACGGUGUGCAGCGCGAGAAUCACAUGAGCAUGCCCAGUGCCUCGCGCUUUGGCAAUCGGGCCAUGAACCAGGCAUAUAGCGCUAUGCUCGAGCUGUACAAGGGCUACGUGGGACGCGAGCACUUUAGCUGUGCAGUGCGCCUCUUGGGCUAUGGUGGUGUGGCCAUGUGUGUGGGCGAGAUGAUCGACAUUGUCACCCGCAAUAUUCGGGAUUUGUUGACGCCCUACGUCAUCAACCUGCUGGAUGGCAUGCCCAAGGUGGCGAAGCUGCCCUUGUUAGACUAUGGCACCCAGGGUACCUUUGGCUUCUACAAGCUUCAGUUGCAGGGUCUCAUGACAUACCCUGAUCUGCAGACGGAGGUGUUCCAUAGCUUCCGGGAAGUGGGCAACGCCUUUAUCAUUUUCCACUUGUUUGAAGAGACUUUGCAUCUGGAGGAGGUCCAGGAUUUGGCAUGCGCCAAGCCAUUCCAAGGCAAGCCGCCCGUCAUUGUACGCGAGGGCGAAAAUGCCGAGGAGAAGCGCCGACGCGUGAUGCAAGAGGCCAGCUCCAUGUUUUACAUGGAGGUGAUCAAGCGCGCGGGCACCCCGGAGCAGCAGCAACUGGCCUUGCAGGCUGACACACUGACGCGUGAGCGUCUGUGCAUGGGGCUAAGCAUGUUUCAGGGUGUCUUGGACAAGGUUAAGGCCAUGCUGAAGGCCUGCGACGAGGGCCAGCAGGUGUGGUUUGGCCCCGAGCCCGCCAACGGCGUCAUGGACAUUGACGAGUGCAACCAGUUUCAUCGCCUUUGGUCGGCCAUCUUGUACACCAUUAACAUGGGUUCGGCCUUGGCCGGCAAGGACCAAACCACGGAAUUCUUUGGUGAUGGUCUCUACUGGUCCGGCGCGGUCCUCAUUGCCCUCUUAGGCCAGCAACACCGGUUCGAGGCAUUUGACUUUUCCAACCACAUUGCCAAGGCCUUUGAAAUGGACCAGAACGAUACACCUCAGGAUGGCAUUACACCUUCCAAGUUUGUGGCCAAUGCGGAGCGACGUCGCGGCCUGCACCAGCAGGUCUUCUCGUUAUUGGACAAGCAUUUGCGCUCGAACAAGCAGCAAGCAAAAUAUUUUCCACCCCCAGCGCACGAAGAAUUUGAGACCUCGGUGUAAAGCUAUGGAUAACCGUCCCCACCAUCGCUUGUCUG